UAGGGUAGGUUUUAUGCAAUUUGUCCAACCACCUUUUCAAACUAGAUUUUUUAUUUUUUUAUUUUUAUUAAUUUUUUUUUUCAGACUACAAAAAAACACAGACCAGAAAUUAAAGAUCAGCCUCAAUGGCUUGGAUCAACCCAGGAGGCAAAAUAUCCCACUACUGCACUAAAUUGGCACUAUGAAUAAAUUCUUUCAUAUCCAAAUAUCUAUAUAUAUAGAUGCGUGUGUGAUUUUGCUCACAUAGCUCGAGGACAUGGCAAUAGUUCUUGAUGUUCCCAAAUCUAUCUCAACUCUUUUAUUGAUCUUGUUUAUAUUGAUAUGCAGUGAAAUAAGCAUUGUUGAAGCACAAGCUGGGCGUCUUCCUCAAGAUGAAGAGAAUGCUCUUCGUGAAAUUGCUGAUCAACUGGGGAAAAAAGACUGGAAUUUCAGUAUAAACCCUUGUGAUAGGAAUUCGAGCUGGAUAACACCAAAAAGGGAUGGCAUGCCAACUUAUAACAACACACUCAUCUGCAAUUGUUCUUUCCCUACCGCCGGUGAAUGCCAUGUAAUUCACAUAUUUCUUAAAGGCCAGGAUCUUGCUGGUGUGCUACCACCAUCCUUGGCGAAGUUACGCUACCUCAAGUCAGUCAAUCUUGAUCGCAACUAUCUUAGUGGUACAAUACCCAGCGAAUGGGCUUCUACCAAGUUGGAAAUUUUAUCUGUUUCCGUGAACCGGUUAUCGGGACCAAUCCCAGAUUACUUGGGAACCAUCACCACUCUCAAAUAUUUGGUUUUAGAGAGCAAUCAGUUUUAUGGAAUUGUUCCGGCAGAGCUCGGGAAACUUGUCAAUUUAAAGACAUUCUUAGUGCUAACAAUCUCAUGGGAGAGUUGCCAACAGAGCUCAAUGACAUGACCAAUUUAAAAGAAAUUAGGUUAAGCAGAAAUAACUUCACUGGAAAAAUGCCCAGCUUUCAAAGUUGGAAACAGCUUGAAAAAUUGCAA